UUCAAGUCGUGUAUUGGUAAUGUGAAAUACAGUUUUUUCACUAUUUUUAUUCGACUAUAAACUGAAUUACAUGACUUUUACUACCAUGAGGUGUGUGAUCAUGAAACUUGUUUCGCUAUCGUGGUAGCAUCUUCAGGUGGAUUAAGUUGUAAUUUAUUAAUCCAGUUUUGGGUUCAACGGAUUUUCAUCAGGGCCUCGGCCAUAUCGAUUCAAUAUUUUCAUUUAAAUCACAAAAUAGUGUCAUAGAAUACUACUGAUCCAGGAUGCCGCUCAGUCAAUUAAUCGGAUGUUCGUUCACAUCUCGAAAUGAAGACAUCAGUAUUAGCAUGUCUUGUUUGUUCAAAUUCAUAUGCCUCUCGUAUAUCAUCUCUCUACUUGAGGUCAGGUGUGAUGAGAGAAUUUUGAAAAGAUCUUUAUUCUUCCCUACAGCUACUGUACUACAGUUCACUUAUGGCUUGAGUAUUCCGUUAGAUAUAGAAGGUAUUGAUGGUACCACCACCAUACUGUUGAGUACCUGUCUACAGGGUAACUACGACCUUCCAAAAAAAUCAUCUGAUCUACAAGUACACGAUUUGAAGAAGAGAUAUAUACCAAGGAACAUUGAUACGACUAAAGUAGAGAUCUACAACUAUAUUAUAGGUUAUCUGGAAAGUUUGGAUCUGAAUGGUCAAGGAUGUCUGGCUAGGGUAGUUUGCGAAAUUGCGAAGUAUCCCUUGGAGGUUGCAAAGGAGGAUAACGUCAUAGAAAAAAUAGUGCAGUUUGUUUUGACUCCUUCCCAAGGAAAUUUCGAUGUUAUGGACAGUGAAGACGAAUCAGUUUUUUCAGCGUUAUUGCUAGCGGAAGAACAUGGAAAAAGAAACCAUUCCUGUGAGUUGAAGUAUGAAUCUUGCGAAUUAUCAUUGUCCUCUCUGUUCACAUUAUUUUUUAUCGAGUAA